GAUUCGUACCAGAUCUUUAAAAUUAUGUAAAACCAGACUUGUCCCUGAGCUAGCUAGAGGGCUUGUCAUAAUGUCUGAAGACAGUGACUUCCCAGGUCUGAAUAAGAAACACGGCUUCUUCAAAGUCAUUGAACGUAACCAAAAGGAUAGAGAUGAUUAUCAUCACAAGCAGGAGCCCAUCAAACAGGCUCGAAGUGGGGCAGUAAAGAGUGAGAGGAGGCCUCAGCGACGACCCCCUGCAGAGCUGUACCGACCCCCCAUACAAAAGGGGGAGGGGCUGUACUGCAUCGAGAUAGAGGUGGUCCCAGGGAAAUGGCACCAGGAGGUCAUUGAGGAGACUGGGCGUGGGCGGGAGGUAUCAAGGUCUAUCUCACGACAGUACAGACUGGACACUGUCAAGCAGCAAGCUAUUAGUGAACUGAUCUCGGAAUUUGAAUCGAGUCUUGAACUGUGACAAUUGAACUAUAUAUCUAUGUCAGCCUAUGCUAAUAAUUAUGUUAGCCAAAUAUCACUUUCGAAUCACUUGAUUAUCAUCAUUAUUUGAAUAUUUAUGAAUUUCAAAUUUUAAAACUGUUUUACAUGUACAA